AAGUACAAGGAAAAAGAAGAUCGAAACGAGAAUUCAUCAUCGGAUUCAUCACUUUUCCUGGGCUGUCAAGAAGCUGUUUUCGUUCAAUUGGUACAGUAGUGUUCAACUAUACUUAGGGACUGCUUUGAUAACUAUUGUGCUGAGCUGGGGUGAAUAUUUAUUUUUGCCGUCUCGGGACUCAGUGCUGAAAGAGCAUAAAGAAGGCUGGUCCUUUUACUCGGCAUACAGGCGUCUUAACCAAACAGGCGCCGAUAACUGGACUUUUGCAUGCUGUUCGCUGCAGGACUUUCCUUGUGCAGCUUCCCAGCAGGUUAAAAGAAAGCAUUACUGUAGAGCAUAAGUGCGUUACUACCCAGUUUGUCCAGUGCCAAUACUGGGCACUUCUCUGCCGCUUGUAUUUUUUUUUUCUCCACGUCAAUUAAGUGGGCUACUUUCACAGAGGCAAAAAAGACUCCACUACCUCCUGGUAGUAAGUAGCAUUUUUUUUUUACAGCUACAACAGCAGCUGCUAUUAUUUGUGCUCCUAAUCAUAUGUCUACAAAAAUGGAACAACCAUUUUAUCAUGACGACUCGUUUCUUUCUGCUUAUGGCCACCCAGACGCUGCGCUCCAAGACUACAAACUGCUGAAGCAGACUAUGAACUUGAACCUAAGCGAGCCCUACCGGAACCUCAAGUCCCAGCUGCGAGCCGAGAACGACUUCUACCAGGCGGGCGCCGACGUCAGCUCGCUCAAACUCGCCUCCCCCGAGCUGGAGAGACUCAUUAUCCAGAACAGCAACGGGGUCAUCACCACUACACCCACCCCGGGGCAGUAUUUUUACAGCAGGGGCAUCACAGAGGAGCAGGAAGGGUUCGCGGAUGGUUUUGUGAAAGCCCUGGACGAACUCCACAAAAUGAACCAAAUGCCCCCGCCCAACGUGUCCAUUGGAGCCGGCGGGGUUACGACGUGCACGGCGGCACCCAGCAUCUACGGCUCCUCCUUGCAGCCGGAGCCGCCCGUGUACACCACGCUGAACACUUACUCUCCCAACACUAACCUCACGUCGGCUCCCAACUUCCCCACCGCCACUAUCAGCUAUUUGCCGCAUCAUCACCCUCACCAACCACAAGCGACUGCGCACGCAGCGCACUCCUUCCCGCACGCGCUCUCCGCCAGUGCCCUGCACCCGCAGCGAGUCGUGGCGCUCAAGGAAGAGCCCCAGAUCGUGCCGGACCUCCAGAGCAGCGACGGCUCCCCUCCGAUGUCCCCCAUCGACAUGGAGAACCAGGAGAGGAUCAAGGCCGAGCGGAAGAGGCUGAGGAACCGGCUGGCGGCCACGAAAUGCCGCCGGCGGAAGCUGGAGCGCAUCGCCCGCCUGGAGGAGAAGGUCAAAAUCCUCAAAUCGGACAAUGCCGGCCUGUCCAACACGGCGUCUUUGCUGCGGGAGCAGGUGGCGCAGCUCAAGCAGAAAGUUAUGACCCACGUUAGCAGCGGCUGUCAGCUCAUGCUAACGACCAAGAUGGAGUCGUUUUAAAGAGAGAGAGGUGGUGAAGAAGAGCCAAGAGACACUAGGAGAUCACAGAAACACUGGAUGAUAAGACUGCUUCAAUCUCUUGUUUUAUUUUGUAAAACAAGACGAAACGACGAACGAUUACAGCACUGGAAUAUCCUAUUGUAUUGUCAAUAUGAAUAUUGAGCCAUUUUGUAUUUCUUUUCAUUUUCGAAAAUGAGCAAGUUGUUGCGUUUUGUUUGUAGCCGAAUGAUGGUCAUAUUUUUAAGUCUGUUUUUUUUUUUUUAAGAAAUGGUUCCAUAUUUCUAUGGAUUCGUUUGAAUGGUACUUCCGGUAUCGCCUGUACUGCUUAAAGGGAUCAAUUUAUCAUCCUGUGUGAUGCACUUAUGUCUGUGUAACACCAAAGACGGUUUAGAAACACUCGGAGUAUCGUGAUGCCGAUAUCCGACCUAUUUCAAUAAUUAUAGUUUAGGAGGGCGGGUAAUGUUUUGUCUCUUAUGUUUUUUACGUUGUUUUGAUGCUGCAUUCCGAGGAAGACUAUGGUUUAAAUUAUUUGUCGGGUUGACCCCGCAGAAUCUGUCACGUGUUUACGUUUUUUUUUUUGUACAAGGACUAUUUAAGUAAAGUCUUUUAAAAUGAAA